AUGGCCACAGUAAUAGGCAUUGCUCUGGCAAUGAUCGCCAUCGUUGCUUUUUAUACUUUCUUCUGCAGUGUUUAUUAUGUGACACUUCAUCCUCUGGCGAGUAUACCCGGUCCCAAGAUUUGUGCCGUUACCAGGCUCCCCUACUGGUUAGCUGCGCUCAAAGGUGAAGAUGUCAAGUGGAUGAAGGGAUUGCACGACACCUAUGGGCCUGUUGUGCGGUUUGGUCCCACAGAUGUUAGCUAUACCGCUGGUCAAGCUUGGAAUGAAAUUCAUGGACCCAAGGUGACUGAGAAGGCGCAAGAGUUCUCUGUCCAGCCGAUCAAUGGCGUCCCCAGUAUGCUGACGACUGACUCUGAGAACCAUAUUCGAGUGCGUCGGCUCUUUUCCCCUGCCUUCUCCGAGCGCGCCUUGAAACAACAAGAACCUCUCUUUAAGAAAUAUGCAGACCUCCUCAUGUACAAAAUCUCCGAAGUUGGCAAUGAAGGAGCGAAGCCCGUUGAGAUGACUCAACUGCUUAACUUUACUACCUUCGACGUGAUGGCCGAGCUUUGCUUUGGGCAUCCUCUCAACCUUCUCGCCCAGAACGAGUACAGCCCCUGGGUCAAGUCCAUCUUUGAAUCAUUGAAAAUGUUGCCGAUUGCUUCCAUUAUUAACUACUACCCACUUCUGAAUUACAUAUUCACUCGAUUUGAGCCAAAGUCAGUCACUGAGCAGCGUGUUACUCACUGCAAGCACUCGGAGGAUCGCGUCAACCAUCGUUUGGAAAAUGGCUCUGACCAGCCUGAUGUGUGGAAUCUUGUUCUAUCAGCGAAGGAGGGGAAGGGACUCACGGUCAAGGAAAUGCACUCCAAUGCUGAGCUAUUUAUGCUCGCCGGAUCAGAGACAACAGCCACUCUUCUCAGCGGUUGUCUCUAUAAUCUGCUUACUUACCCUGACAAGAUGGAGACGGUUCUCAAAGAGAUACGAGGAAGAUUCAGUACUUCAGACGACCUCACACUUGAACGCCUCGCUGAGCUCAAGUACAUGAACGCCUGUUUGAAAGAAGCUCUUCGCGUCUACCCGCCCGUUCCCAUCGGAAGCCCUCGGGUCGUCCAAGGCGAUGGGCAACAGAUCCUAGGCAAGUAUAUCCCACCGGAGACAAGGGUGUCAGUCCAUCAUUAUUCCACCUACCACUCGGAAGAGAACUUCAAGGACGCCGAAAGCUUUGUCCCUGAAAGGUGGCUCAAGACGGAUCCAAAGUAUGCUGGAGAUAUGCUAGAGGCUCAUCAACCUUUCGGCUUUGGACCUCGGAACUGUCUUGGACAAAAUAUGGCAAUGCAUGAGAUGAGGCUUAUCUUAGCGACGCUUCUCAUGAAAUUCGAUCUUCAACUUUGCGACGAGAGUAUAAAUUGGGCAAGCCAGAAGUCUUUUGCUCUGUGGAUCAAAAACCCGCUGAUGAUACUCGCAAAGCCUGUCUCCACACAGACGAGAUUAGGUAUCUAA